GAACUGGAAGCUGCUCUUCACAGGGAUGAUGUGGAGUUUAUCAGCGACCUGAUCGCCUGCCUUCUUCAAGGUUGCUAUCAGCGCAGAGACAUCACAUCCCAGACGUUUCACAGCUACCUGGAGGACAUCAUCAACUACCGCUGGGAGCUGGAGGAAGGGAAACCCAACCCCUUGCGGGAGUCCACCUUCCAGGAGCUGCCCCUGCGCACGCGGGUGGAGAUCCUGCACCGCCUCUGCGACUACCGCCUCGACGCAGAUGAUGUCUUCGACCUCCUCAAGGGUUUGGACGCCGACAGCCUCCGCGUGGAGCCGCUGGGCGAGGACAGCAGCGGUGCCCUGUACUGGUACUUCUAUGGCACGCGGAUGUACAAGGAGGACCCGGCGCAGGCGAAGACCAACGGCGAUUUGCCAUUUUUCAGGGGAUGUGCGGGGCAGACGAACACCCCAAAUGUUCCUGGGAAAACAGGCAAGAGACGAGGGCGACCCCCAAAGCGGAAAAAACUACUGGAGGAAAAUUUGCUGAGGGAGAAGGCAGAAGAGAACUUGCUAAUCCAUGAGACUCAGAUAAGAAAUGGGUCCCAAGGGCCUGGCCGUGGGACAUGGUGGCUGCUGUGUCAGACGGAAGAGGAGUGGAGGCAGGUCACAGAGAGCUUCAGAGAGAGGACUUCCCUUAGAGAGCGGCAGCUCUACAAACUCUUGAGUGAAGACUUCCUGCCGGAGAUCUGCAACAUGAUUGCACAGAAGGAGAAGCGUCUGCAGCGGACAGAGUUUUCUCCCAGGUGGAUGUCUGACCAUCAGCCCAUCAAACCAAUCAAGCAGGAGGUGAACCCAAAUGUGCUCAGCUCAAUGGAGAAACAGAGGCGGAGAGAGGAGGAGGAGGAGCGCCAAAUUCUUAUAGCAGUGCAGAAGAGGGAGCAGGAACAGCUGCUAAAGGAGGAGAGGAAGAGAGAGAUGGAGGAGAAGGUCAAAGCAGUGGAAGAACGGGCCAGGAGGAGGAAACUCCGUGAAGAGCGGGCCUGGCUGCUGGCACAAGGGAAGGAGCUCCCCCCUGAGCUUUCCCACUUGGAUCCCAGUUCCCCUACCAGGGAAGAGCGAAGGACCAAGGAUAUCUUUGAACUGGAUGAUGAGUUCACAGCAAUGUACAAAGUUCUAGAUGUGGUGAAGGCUCACAAGGACUCUUGGCCCUUCUUGGAGCCUGUGGAUGAAUCAUAUGCUCCCAACUACUACCAGAUCAUUAAGGCCCCCAUGGAUAUCUCUAGCAUGGAGAAGAAGUUGAAUGGAGGUCAGUACUGCACCAAGGAAGAAUUUGUGGGCGAUAUGAAGACCAUGUUCAGGAACUGUCUUAAGUACAAUGGUGAAGGCAGUGAAUACACCAAGAUGGCUUACAACUUAGAGAGGUGUUUCCACCGAGCAAUGAUGAAGCACUUCCCUGGGGAAGAUGGAGACACAGAUGAAGAGUUUUGGAUCAGAGAAGAUGGGAGAAGAGAGAAGAGGAGCCGUCGGACCAGCCGCUCCAGCACAGGCAGUGUUUGGACUAGGUCACGAGACCCAGAUGGACCAGGCAAGAGACAGCAACGCCUGGAAAAUGGAGGAAAGCCUCCACCCUAUCGAGCCACUUCCAGGGCUCCUGCUUCUUCCUCCUCUUCCUCUUCCUCCUCCUUCUCCUCGUCCUCAGUAGAGGACCCGAGUGGCAACCCAAUGCAGACGACUCGAGACAUGGGUCCUUCCAAUGGGCGAGGCUUCCCGCGCUCACUGCAGUACGGCGGCAUGCCCAGCCCUGUGCCACAUCCUGGCCAGAUGAGACCAGCCGUGCCAGGAACGUUUGGUCCUCUGCGUGGAUCGGAUCCCACAAAACUGUAUGGCUCUCCACGAGUGCCUGAGCCCCACCCCGGAGAGCCGGUCCAGCAGCACCAGCACUUUGCCAUGCAG